AUGUCUAAUGCAAAAGAAAGGAAACAUGCUAAGAAAAUGAGAAACCAGCCCACCAAUGUGACUUUAUCCUCUGGCUUUGUGGCUGACAGUGGUGUAAAGUACCAUAAUGGAGGUAGAAAACCUUUCCAGUCUCAAAAAGAGCCUCAUUCUGGAACUUCACGACAGCGGCAAACCAAAACAAGCCACCAUUCACUGGCUGAGUCUGAUGCGAAGGAGCAGUCUUCCUCCAGGGUAACCUUUAAAAAAAAGGGAGGAUGGAAAGCAGGUCCCGAGGGCACUUCUCAGGAGAUUCCCAAGUAUAUAACCGCUUCUACUUUUGCUCAAGCUCGAGCUGCUGAAAUCAGUGCCAUGUUGAAAGCAGUGGCCCAGAAAUCUUCUAAUUCACUGGUUUUCCAGACGCUGCCACGGCACAUGAGACGAAGAGCCAUGAGUCACAAUGUCAAACGCCUUCCUCGACGGUUACAGGAGAUUGCCCAGAAAGAGGCAGAGAAAGCAGUUCAUCAGAAAAAAGAACACUCAAAAAAUAAGUGCCAUAAAGCUCGACGAUGUCACAUAAACCGGAUGCUAGAAUUUAACCGGAGACAAAAGAAGAACAAAUGGCUAGAAACUCACAUCUGGCACGCGAAGCGGUUUCACAUGGUCAAGAGGUGGGGCUACUGCCUGGGGGAGAGGCCGACAGUCAAGAGCCACAGAGCCUGCUAUCGAGCCAUGACGAGCCGCUGCCUCCUUCAGGAUUUAUCCUACUACUGUUGUUUGGAGUUGAAGGGCAAAGAGGAAGAAAUACUGAAGGCACUUUCUCCAAUGUGUAGCAUAGACACAGGAUUGACUUUUGCAGCAGUUCACUGUUUGUCUGGAAAGCGCCAAGGUAGUCUCAUGCUUUACCGGGCAAAUAAAUACCCUAGAGAAAUGCUGGGUCCUGUGACAUUUAUUUGGAAGGCUGAGAGGACCCCUGGUGACACUUCUGAGAGCAGGCAGUUGUGGAUCUGGCUUCAUCCAAGUCUUAAACAGGAUAUCUUAGAGGAAAUAAAAGCAGUGUGCCAGUGUAUGGAACCCACCAAGUCGACUGUCUGCCUCCCUGAUCCCCUUCUGACACCAUCCCAAGAAAAAAGCCAAACUGACCUGCCCACAGAGAAAAUUGGCAAGAAAAGAAAAUGGAAAGAUGAUGAGGAAAAUGCUAAACCAAUUAAAAAAGUCAUUGGUGAUGGAACUAGAGAUCCACUUCAACCGUAUUCUUGGAUCUCUCCAACCACAGGCAUUGUAAUCAGUGAUUUGACGAUGGAGAUGAACAGAUUCCGGCUGAUUGGUCCACUUUCCCACUCCAUCCUAACUGAAGCACUCAAAGCUGCUUCUGUCCACACUGAGGGAGAGGACACAGAGAAGACACCUCACUGUUGGUGGAUUGAAACCUGCAGGAAUCCUGAUAGCGUUUCCCUUCAUCACAGACAGGAAACCGUUUUUGAAUUGUUGGGAGGAAUAACAUCACCAGCAGAAAUUCCAGCAGGUACUAUUCUGGGACUGACAGUUGGUGAUCCACGAAUAAAUUUGCCUCAAAAGAGGUCCAAAGUUUUGCCCAAUCCAGAAAAAUGCCAAGAUAAUGAGAAAGUUAGACAGCUGCUUCUGGAGGGUGUGCCUGUGGAGUGUUCGCAUAGCUUUCUUUGGAACCAGGAUAUCUGUAAGAGUGUCACAGAGAAUAAAAUCUCGGAUCAGGAUUUAAACCGGAAGAGGAGUGAAUUGCUGGUGCCCGGGUCACAGCUUUUUUUAGGUCCCCAUGAAUCCAAGGUUCCUAUACUUUUGAUUCAACAGCCAGGAAAAGUGACUGGUGAUGACCAACGAGGCUGGGGAAGUGGCUGGGAUGUCCUCCUCCCAAAGGGCUGGGGCAUGGCUUUCUGGAUUCCAUUUAUCUAUCGAGGUGCAAGAGUUGGAGGAUUAAAAGAGACUGUAGUGCAUUCUCAGUAUAAAAGGUCACCUAAUGUCCCAGGUGAUUUCCCAGACUGCCCUGCUGGGAUUCUGUUUGCUGAAGAGCAAGCUAAGAAUCUUAUUGAAAAGUACAAAAGACGCCCUCCGGCAAAACGGCCCAACUACGUUAAGCUUGGCACCCUGGCACCUUUCUGCUGUCCCUGGGAGCAGUUAACCCUAGACUGGGAAUCAAGAGUCCAGGCCGAAGGCGAAUCAUCUGCAGCUUCCUCUCCAGGUGGUGAGGAGAGUAGCCUGAGGAGAGAGGUGGUGCCUCGCGCUCCCGUGCCUGGAAGGGCUCGUCAGCUGCCUGAUGAUGAGGGCACACCCCUAAACGGCUCCAGCGAGCCCAAGGGAGUGAUGGACGCAGAUGGUCCAGCCCGGGCGGGGACUGAGGGGGUAGUGGGCCAGGGUGCCACCAGCAGUCUCCUCUGUGUUCUGAGGAGUAGAAAAUUACUGAGGCAGCUGUCAGCCUGGUGUGGACCCAGUUCUGGGAACAGUCGGGCAGCCCCACGAGCUCCUGGCACAGGGCAGCAAGAAUUGAGCAGAGAGGCCUGCCUGUCCAUCCUGGACCGCUUCCCCAAGGCCCUGGUGUGGGUCAGGCUGUCCCUGCUCAGGAAGGGCAGCCCCGAGCCGCACACCAUGAUCUGUGUUCCAGCUGAGGAGGACCUCCUCCAGCUCAGCCAGGAUCGGCUGUACUGUGGGCCCCAGGAGCCCAAGCAUAGUGACCCAUUCAAGAGCCAGAUCCGGAAACAGAAGAAGAAGAAACUAGAGAAGAGGCGGAAGCGAGGCUGUGCUGCAUCUGAGGGUCUGGCAGAGGGGGACCCUGCAGCUGGACACCAGCCUCUGACCCUGGGCUUGUGGUCAGGCCCUCUCCCGGUUGUGACUUCUCACUGCUCCAGAGUUCUCCUUGGCUUUGUCACACAGGGAGAUUUUUCCAUGGCUGUCGGCUGUGGGGAAGCCCUGGGGUUUGUUAGUUUGACGGGCUUGCUGGAUAUGCUGUCCAGCCAGCCAGGAGUGGAGAGGGGUCUCGUGUUGCUGAGGCCGCCUGCCUCUCUGCAGUAUCGAUUUGCGAGAAUUGUUAUUGAGGUGUGAGGUCGGUUUACAUCCUGGCACAGAUAAUAACUGUGUUUGCCAUGUCCCACAACUGGAGAGUUGUUUUUGCUGUCUUCCGUUUCAAUAUAUCAUGUUAAAUUCCUUGGAAACGAGAAUUUAAAAAAUUAUGUAUUUAUGCAAAU